AUGACGCGGGAGGCAUUUGUUCGCUCAAAUCAGUCAUUGAGAACACAAUAUGGUCUUAUUGGUAAAGUUUUGGCAAUACACUCAAAGGGAGGUACCGAGAUACCAGAAGACCAACGGUUGUACUUGAGCUCAAAUGCUCCCUUCUCCGCCCUUGUAUGUGGAGUUCAAGGCACUGGAAAGUCCCACACGGUGGGCACGAUACUGGAAAAUAUGCUGAUACCCAAUUUCCCACCCAUUGGUUCUGUGACCAAAGCCCUUUCUGGGCUUGUUCUACAUUUCGGUGAGGGUGGUUCCGGCACCCACCCCAACGAGACCGCUUGGCUCUGCGAGUCUAUUUCAUCUCUUGUUUCAGGACCGGCCGUGCGUGUGUAUGUCUCCCAUUCUUCUCUGGCAACUAUGCGUGCCGUGUAUGCCCCGCUAGGCAAUAAAGUAACAGUCGAGCCACUCUAUUUUCAAAACUCUGAGCUAGAUGCUGCCGCCUUUUUGUCAAUGAUGGCAAUCGGGUCAUCUGAAUCAGCUCCGUUAUACAUGCAGGUCGUUUUGUCUAUUCUACGUGAAUUAGGGGAACGCUACUCUUUCCAAGCUUUCUUGAAAAAAUUAGAGCUAUCAAAGCAAAAAUUCAAUCCUGCUCAGUUAUCCGGUCUGGAGCAACGCAUGUCUCUCUUGAGAUCAUUUCUUGACCCGUCUUCCACCGGUUCUGCUAAAAGUCGAUUUGCUUCGGGCCAAUUGACUAUCAUUGACCUCUCAGAUCCCUUUCUUGAUGCAGCCUCGGCGUGUGGCCUUUUCGAAAUUAUUCUUCGACUCUUUGUUCGAGCUGAUGUUGGUACUGGAAAGGUGCUCGUUAUGGAUGAGGCGCACAAGUAUCUGUCAUGUUCUAAAUCCUCCUCUGGCCUGACUCAGGCUCUCUUGCGUCUCGUUCGACAGCAACGCCACUUGGCAAUGAGGGUCAUUAUCAGCACUCAAGAGCCGACAGUUGUUCCCCCAGUCUUAUUAGACUUAUGCACUGUGGCCAUUUUGCACCGCUUCUCCUCCCCAUCAUGGUGGCAGCACCUCAUUCAACACGUUUCGGCUGAUUUCUCUCAGAGCGAUGCAUUUGACAAACUGGUCAACCUCCAGACGGGACAGGCAAUAGUUUUAGCACCUUCAGCAAUAGGUGUCUUUGAAGACAGCGGAGAUGUCGAAUCGAGCCGGCGCCCUCAACGGUCCCAUGACACACUUGGCUAUUUUGGCCGGCGAUACAUUAUCAUGAAGACUCGCAAGCGGGUCACGCAAGACGGGGGGGCCUCUGUUCUUGUCCUUGACUCCUAA